UCCUCCACGUUUCUUUCUUGAAUUAUCCUCUUUUUUUAACCCUCUGUUCUUCUUCUUCUUUUUUUGUCUUGGAAAUACAAACUAAGGGGAAAAAAUACCAUCCAGCGCGCGCUAAACUAUGAACGAGGAGAUGACAAAAAGCGAGGAGCAGCAUCUCAGUUUGCAGAAAGCCUUGCAGCAGUGCGAGUUGGUGCAGAACAUGAUUGACAUAAGCAUUUCUAGUUUGGAGGGUUUACGGACCAAAUGUGCCACAUCCAACGACUUGACACAAAAAGAGAUCCGAACGCUGGAGGGGAAGUUGGUGAAGUAUUUCAGCCGCCAGCUGUCUUGCAAGUGCAAAGUGGCCUUAGAGGAGCGCAGCACCGAGCUGGAGGACUUCCCUCGCCUGGAGCUCUGGUUCCGCAUUGUCAACUUGAGGAAAGAGGUCAUAGAGGACAUGGGUCCAGGUGAGGUGACUCUGGAGGGCCUGUUGGAGAUGAGUGAGGAUCAGGUGUGUCAGCAGCUGCAGAAAUUCGGUGCCAAUGAAGAGGAGUGUGCACGGCUCAACGCCUCCCUGUCCUGCCUCAGAAAGGCCCAGCAGCUCGAACUACUUGAGGAGGAUAAAUUGCACAGUAAUGGAGGGAGCCAGGCGAAACAGGACUGGUCAAUCCAGUGGCCGACCUCCGAAUCUGGCAAAGAAAACACUCCGGUGUGCCAGCCAGAAGCCAGUCAGUGGAUUCGGUUCCAGCUCUCCCAAAGCCCCAAAGUCCAGUCCAAGUACAACCAGCACAUGUGUCAAAGCCCACAGGCCUUGACCCCUUCUUUGUACGCCGAUCGACUGACUGUCGACAGCCCGGCCUCGGGGCUCUUCCCUCUCCUGGACUUUGGUCAUCGCUCGCUGCCCCCGUCGCCCCGCCAGAGGCAUUUUGGCCACACGCCUCCUCGGACUCCUUUGGUGGUCAACACCAUGACUCCGCCUGGCACUCCCCCAAUGAGACGGCGGAACAAAGUAAAGGCGCCGGGUACACCGCCCCCACCGAGCCGCAAGCUCAUCCACCUGCUGCCUGGCUUCACGGCAUUGCACCGCAGCAAGUCCCAUGAGUUUCAGCUGGGGAACCGAUUGGACGACACACCGACACCAAAAGCCAAGAAGAAGACGAAGCCGUUGAACCUUAAAAUCCACAGCAGCGUGGGCAGCUGUGAGAAUCUGCCCACGCAGCGCUCACCCCUCCACACCGAACGCUCUCUGCGAUCCUUCUUCUUCCCCACUUUCAUCCCUUCUACACCUCCUGUCCACGCUGAAACGCCCUCUGCAAACACACUUUCAGUGCCUCGCUGGUCCCCACAGAUCCCUCGAAGAGAUCUGGGAAACUCAAUAAAACACAGGUUUUCCACAAAGUACUGGAUGUCACAGACAUGCAUAGUAUGUGGAAAGGGAAUGUUGUUUGGACUAAAGUGUAAAAAUUGCAAGCUGAAGUGCCACAACAAAUGCACCAAAGAAGCCCCGCCUUGCCAUUUACUGAUCAUACAGCGAGGUGGAAGAGAAUCCUUCAGAGAUCAACAAGGAAUGACUCAAGUAGCUCGUCUGGUACGGACUGAAUCAGUGCCGUGUGAUAUCAACAACCCGCUCAGGUACACAGACCUGCACAUCAGUCAGACGCUCCCCAAAACCAACAAAAUCAACAAGGAUCACAUCUCUGUUCCAUACCAGCCAGACUCCAGCAGUAAUCCAUCAUCCACCACCUCAUCAACUCCAUCCUCUCCGGCUCCGCCUUUGCCCAGCAGCGCCACGCCCCCGUCGCCACUGCAUCCCUCCCCGCAGUCGGCACGACAACAGAAACAGUUCAACCUAACAGCAUCAAGCUAUUUCAAAUACAAGCAGCAGUUUAUCUUCCCAGAUGUUACUCCAGAGGUGCCCCCCAGCAGAGCCCCCCAGGUCAUUUUGCAUCCUGUCCUCUCUGAACCAGGCAAUGAGGGCAACCAUUUACUUCAGAUCGAAGUUGAACCAACAUCGGACAAUGAGGACGGUAACGUUGAGGACUCCGGCGACGAAUUCGAGGAGAUGAACCUGUCUCUGCUGUCGGCUCGUAACUUCCCGCGCAAGGCCAGCCAGACCAGCAUCUUCCUGCAGGAGUGGGACAUCCCCUUCGAGCAGCUGGAGAUCGGAGAGAUGAUCGGCAAAGGCCGCUUUGGAAGAGUUUACCACGGACGGUGGCACGGCGAGGUCGCCAUCCGCCUGAUCGACAUCGAGCGGGACAACGAGGACCAACUUAAAGCAUUCAAGCGCGAGGUCAUGGCCUACCGCAACACGCGCCAUGAGAACGUGGUGCUCUUCAUGGGGGCGUGCAUGAGCCCGCCACACCUGGCCAUAAUCACCAGUUUGUGUAAAGGCCGGACGCUCUACUCAGUGGUGCGGGAUGCCAAAGUCGCCCUUGAUGUUAACAAGACCCGACAGAUCGCACAAGAGAUGGUCAAGGGGAUGGGUUAUCUUCAUGCAAAAGGCAUCCUGCACAAAGACAUGAAAUCCAAGAAUGUGUUUUACGACAACGGCAAAGUGGUCAUCACGGAUUUCGGGCUCUUCACCAUAUCAGGUGUUCUGCAGGCUGGCAGCCGGAGAGAAGACAAGCUGAGGAUCCCCAGCGGAUGGCUGUGUCACCUGGCCCCAGAAAUCAUCCAGCAGCUCUCCCCAGACACAGAGGAGGACAAGCUGCCUUUCUCCAAACAGUCAGACGUCUUUGCUUUCGGCACCAUCUGGUACGAGUUACACGCACGUGAGUGGCCUUACAAGAGUCAGCCAGCAGAGGUGAUCAUAUGGCAGAUGGGCAGUGGAAUGAAGCCUAACCUUGCCCAAACUGGCAUGGGGAAGGAGAUACUGGACAUUCUGCUCCUGUGUUGGGCGUACAAGCAGGAGGAGCGGCCCAGCUUCUCCAAGCUGGUGGACUUAUUGGAAAAGUUGCCCAAAAGGAACCGCCGCCUUUCCCACCCAGGGCACUUCUGGAAGUCAGCUGAGCUGUAGCGGAGGCGUCGAUGGGACUGUGUCUCAGCCUGAAGCUCAUCCUCCGCUCUGAUCACAUCUGCUCCACCUGCCUGCUCUGCCAUCCACCCGCUCUUGCCCCACCAUGCUUCCACAACCUCCACCUUUCCUGCUCCGCCUUGUCGCCAAAGCUCUGACACAAACAUGUUUUGUCUCCAUGCUUGACUGGACCCUUUAUUGGGCAACCUAGGCCAACUUUGCCAGAAUGAGGGACAAGACAUUCAGAGAGGCCUUUCUCCACGCUAUGCCUGAAGAUUUUCCUAAAACAGCAUUUCUUUCUAUUUUUAAUUGAGGAAUUCUGACAUACUUUAAUAAUCAUUCAUUCAUUUUGUCGCAAUUCAUCUUUGGCUGCAAAUAUUCUGCAUUCUGCUCUGACUGUCAAAUGAACUUGAACUAAUAUUUUUUAAAGGUUUAUCCAGCUAAACUAAGAUGACUUGCCACGUCGUUGGCAGUUGGGUUGCUCAUCGUUCGGAGGACUUCACAUCACUCAUGGUGUCUUUCAUAAUCCGUCUGCAAUAAUGGUCAAAUCAAAGCAAUUUUGAUUCUCAAGGUUUUCCUUUUUUUCUGCAAAUUUUACAAUUUCCAUCAACUUUCUUGAAGAUCCUUUAUCACACUGAAGGAAAGUCCUGGUACAGAUCAAAACGUUAAAAGAAGGAACUAUCACACAAUUGACCUAAAAUGAGUCCCCUAAGCCCAUAUGUUUGGUUGAAAUAUCCUCAGUUUUUACAAAGGUCAAAAAAAGGGGGAAAAAAUAAAAAUUAACAUAAAAAAACCAUCACAGCCAUGGCCCAAGCCAUGUGUCAUGAACAGUUGGGAAGAGGAAAGGUAGCGGUUUCAUGCCUGUGGAUGUCAUCGAUGUGAUUGCAUGUUCUCGGCAUUCCCUCAUGAAUUCUCAGCCAGCAUGCAGGAGCAUCGGACUCAGAAGUCCUCUGCUCAACUUUGCGUCACGGCCCAGGAAAUAUAGUACAAGUUUGAAAUUGCUCUAUUUCAGUCAGUGGCUUCUUUCACUACUGAUGUGUUUGUGAGUUUGAGUGGAGCAGAGACAUGCCAUCAGGUAUGGAAACAAAAUCUGUCCAAGGCUAAAUUUGGAGUCUUCCCACCAGAAGUGAAAGCUAAAGAACAAAAGAAAAAAAAGACGUUUUACAGAUCAGGCUCAGUUUGACACAGUUGAACUCCUGUUCCUGACCCCUGUGCCCCCCAUGGCUGCAAAUACUCUGCAGUCCAGCUCUGCAGGAAUAGCAUCCCAUGGAAGUUUAUCUUAAAUACAUAAGUGAGGACAAUUUUACCAAGCCUGGUAAACAAUAUCACUAAUCUGUGCAGACGAAAUUGAUUUUUUUCAGUAAAUACAAACUCAAAAUGAAUAAACUCUCAUUUGAAAUACGGAGAAGUUCUCCACAAGCAGAAUAAGAUACUGGUGAAUGUUCUUGUUUUAAUUAUACUUUGGUUUUUAUUCUGUUAACAGUUAGUUUUGCUUAUUCAAGUAAAUAAUACUUUGGAUUGAUUUCUUAAUGCUGGUCAUUCUUUAUGGAUAAAUUGCUACCUGGUAAGAUUAAGAGUUUUAGUGUUACACCAGGGAUAAAAUCUUAGAAAUAUAGCAUGUGAUUCUUUAAGACACAAAGUUCUCUUCUUUCACUCAGGUGAAAAACAGCUCAAAACAGAAACCAAAGCAGGACAUUUGGUUCAGGUUAGAAUUUAGUUUAAAAGCGCAGCAUUUCCAUUUCUACAAUGCAAGUCCUAAAUAACACUUUGAUCUAGUAAAGCACAGUUUUAUGACAAAGACUGCACAUAUUUUGAAGCACUGCUAGGAGUUAUUGCCUAGAAAGCAAAAAAAAAAAAAAACACUCUUUGGCCCAUAUUUGGGCAUCUUCUGGACAGCAACCAAUGCUCCACCAGGGGUGCAACAUCAAGCAGUGGUCCCCAACCUUUUUCAGGCCACAGAUUAAUUUAAUGUCACACUAUAUUGUAACAGACUGGCCUGUACAAGACUGAAGUGGGUUUCCGAUUUUAUUUGGACCUCCGGUUUCCCUUAACGUUUGAGGGUAAAGUUUAUCUUUAUCCAAUGUAAAAUAUUUGCAGGUGCUUUGAACUUUGAUUCUACGUUAGAUUUCACGUAGGAAGCAACUUCAGCCUCGUCUGACUUUUAAGGUGUGAAGGAUAAACACAAAAAUAAGUUACAAAAACUGGUAUUUUUAAAUUUAAUAAUAAUAAUAAACAUUAAUCCAUCAUUUGAACAACUUAGCAGCUUCUUCGUAACAUUAAACAGAUGGUUGCUGAAUAUUAAGCAGUAUUAUUAUGAUGCAUGGUAGGUCACCGUAAAUCCAUUUUUGGACUUCUGAAUCUUAUCAGUUAAAUGCAGCUUUUUUUAUUUUGAUGUUGAAAGCUGUUCUUCUGCUUCCUCAUCUGCCAAAGCAAACUUUCCAAGUACGUUUGUUUCUUGCUAACUUCGCUAGCUUGAGGAUAGAUGGGGUGGAUUUUCGCCACAUGAGCGAGCGACGUGACAAGCGUCGUCAGAAAAAUGCGUCCGAUAUGGUGGAGAGAAUCCACUCGUUUUCCUAAAUAAAACCUCUUUCAGAAUCAGAUUAAACAGAAAAAUGUAGGUUGUGUUUUUUAUUCUCUGCAGCACCAACUGCCACUUAGACCAGUAGCGGUCCGCACCCUAUAGGGGUUGGGGAUCCCUGCUAUCCCCCUGCAAAGCAUUGACGUCCACACUCUCUGUGGUCUAACCCUGGCUCUCGGCAUUUGUGUGGAAGCUGGUCCAUGACAUUUGGGCCCUUUCUGGUCCAACCAAAAGAUGAGGUGACCCUGUUUGGCCUUGUUUAUGACCUGCGCUCACAUUAAACUUGGAAGGGCAAAAAGCGCCAAAAAUAACCCAUUUAGGUACAACUGUGUCUGCUAUCUGGGUUAGCAGCCUCAUCUGUGCAGCUGAAGGUUAAGGACCUUGUUGAGAGGCCAUUCAGCACCAGGACUUUAAACAGGAAAAGGUCACACUUUGUUUUAUUGUGGGUGCCAAAUAUUCACUGGAUUCACAUGAAAGCACACAUCAGUGAGGAAGUCUGACUGAAAAGGGCUUUUUGUCUGUCUUUUUAAAAAAGAUAACUUUUACAGAUUGUAGACUGAAAGGAAUCUCUUCUCACACUGAAUGGAUUCAUCAGGCAAACCCCAAUCAACUCCUUGCUUCCAAAAAAAAAGAUAGACACCUAUCAGCACGGAGGAAAUCUGAUAUAACCACUGCGAGUAUCUGAGUGAAAUUGAUUCUAUUGCAUGGUCUAACAGCUCCCAAAUAGACACACAUGUUUGUCUGGAGAAGAUUAUGAAUUUCCUCCAAGAGAGGGGAAGCAGAGUGAAUUCUAAACCUCUGACAGUCUCUUCAGGAAUCUUAAAACAUCUUUGUCAAAAUCCAAAGUUUUGUUUUGUUCUUGUUUUGAGAGGAGUUGCUUAAAAAAUGUUGAUUUUCCUUCAAAAUGCUGAUCAACUCAGAAAGCACAAGGGUCCAGCUAACAGGACAGGAUGUGUAUUUUUGUAUUCACAAACAAAGAGCCAGCUAAAGGUUCAAAUCCCCACACGAGUAUGUGUGUAAUGGCUUCAUAUCUCAGUUCUCUACUGAUGUACUGAAUUGAAAGUGGCCGUUUAAAGCAACAUAGCAUUUUUUCUUUUUAGUUUGGGGCAUUGUGUCACCUAUAAUCUCUUCACAUUCCUAAACAUGAUUUGCAGGUUAAAGCUGGAUGUUUGUGAAGUACUUACAGAGUCCCUCUUCUAAAUCUGCAACUUCUUCGACAGCCCAAAGAUGCUGAAUCCUUUCAGACCUGCAGAAACCACAAAGAGCACAGUUCAGCUUUUGCAAAGCAUUGAAAGAAUUUGGUUUUGUUGUGUGUUUUCUCACAGCUGCUCUUACAAGCGUUUAACUACAACGGAAGUCCACUCUGACGUGACCUAAAAUCAAUGUUGCUUUUUCAAAGUUUUUUUUUCUUCUUCCAUUUGGAUUGACAAAUGGACUGUCAGAUUGCUGCUUCACCUCACUAAACAUGCAAAAUGAAAACAUGGCGAGUGUUUGCAUUGUUUGCUCCACCUGGCCCUUUACCGACAUCAGGAAGGAGCGCUCUUCUCAGUGAUCCACUCCUGGUUUGCGUUUCGUCACAUGACAAAUCACUUCUUUCCCAGCCUGUCAGUAAAGGUGACAGUCAUAUCUCAAUUGGAUUUUUACAGCUAGAAAGUCUCUUGAAAAAUCUAAAUUUAAAGACCCACUCUGAUGAAAAAGAUGAUUUUGGUGUUUUUAACAUGAUCUUGUUAAAAACAUGACAAAGGAGGACAAGAAAAGUAAGAUUAAAUUGCAUUUCUCUGUAUUUCUUAUUUAAAAUGCUGUGAAUCUGGAGAAAACAAAAAAAUUCUGUUUAAAAAAGAUCUAAUUGGUGUAGAAAAUACGCCGGACGCGCUACAAGCUCCCGGCUGCGCUGAAUCCACUUGGAGACAAAUGGAUCCAUGAACGUCUUUGUUUUCCUCGUCUGAGCUGGAAUCUGGAUCGAAAGUGCACGGCUGGAUAGCUCCAUUACUGAUUGCCAUUUUUGUUGUUAGGUUGGGGGGCUGUGAAGCUGUAAGCUAGCAUGUAAAAACUGAGAACUCUCAGCAACUGGAAGGAAAAAAGGGGGAGCAGGAUUGCUCCGCCCACAACUCAGAGGCAAAUUUGUAAUCAUAAAAAGACCACUGGGAGAGCUUUUAAAACAAAUCCAAGCAUGAUCAUUAACUCUAGAGAACUGACUAGGUCAAAUUUGACUGCUGAUUUUUCCUUGUGUUCUUCAUUAGGGCCCGAUCACGUAGUGCAAGGACCCUAUUGUAUUUGUAAUGUUUAUUAUUAUUAUUAUUCCGACAAAAAAGGCGUCUUUUUGAGGCCUUUAACAUACCUGAAAACUCACCAAAUUUCGCACACGGAUCAGGAGUCACGAAAAAUUUCUUAUUUUACGGUAGACCAGCAUGGGUGCACAAAAAUGGCUCCAUAGCGCCACCUACAAAAUUUGUUUUCGCAAGCCCCACCAUAUGCUUUAAUUUAAAUUCUAUUUCUAUUUUGUUCCUUUUACUGGGCUCCUUUUAAUUGCGGCCUCUCAAAAUGCACAAACAAACUUUAAAAGUCAAAAAGAAAAGUGUUCUUGGGUUCUCCAGGUUUAAAUUUCUCCAGAGCUCACCUUUUAGAAGAUGCAUAGCAACGUGAAAUUGAAAUGAAUUGUCCAAACACGCUAAACAUUCUCUGUUUCUCUUUGACUAAAAAAAAAAAACGUAACUGACGAUAGUUCAGGAAUGAGCCCAAACCUCUGUGGCAACUCUGAAAUGCAAUUUUGAUCUUGUCCUCCAUCAUCUGAAAAAAGCAACAUGUUUAAAACACCAAAAACAACAAUUUUCAUUGGAGGGGGUCUUUAAAUCUUCUUACCAUGUUCUGACAUGCACUUUAAAGGGGAAGUUUGAAACCUUUAAAUUUUGUAAAAAUGACUAUCUGAAUGUGUCACUUGCCUGUCAGUCAGUUGACCACAAAAUUACAGAAAAAAAACCUAAACAGCAAAAAUCCAACACUCUACAAAGGUAAACAUUCUGCUUGUACAGCAAUAAUGACUCAAGAGGUAUUGGAAACCCCCCCUCAGGUCCUUACAUGCAAUUUGUUCUCAAUGAUUACAGUCCAGUGAGAUACCACUUUAAAGACCUUCUGCAGAAAACUGGUUUCAACAUGUUCUUGUGGAUCUUUCUGAUGAUGGAGGGGAACAGGAAGGGGGAGAGGCCGGGGUUGCUCCGCAUCAGUGGCCCAACCCAAAACAACCAAACAAGACUGUUUUGUUUUGGACUAAAAAUGUCAUAAUUCUAAUUAAGACUACUCGGAAUAGUUUGAAAAUAGCUAAAAAGAUGAUCCUAAUUGGUCUUUCAGCGAAAAGUACUUUUUUAUUGAAAAGAACUGGUUGAAGGUUUCUCACUUGCAUCCUCUCUGGCUGUGUGGGCCGACUGCAAACACCAUUAGAUCAAUUUUUCCCUGAUUCCUUUCAACCAUCCUACAUGCUCCUGGUUAAUGCGGCCCUGCGGAGAUCAAACACGCAGGCAGGGCAUCAAAAAUGAUGAGAAGAAAAACAUUCUCAGAUGAACAAGGGCUGCAGCACUCUGCAAAACCCCACACUCUCUCAUCUCCUUCUUAACAUAUUCCCUGGAAAAGAUAUUUUUAAGUUAAACAAGAUGUCACUUGUGGACGAGAAGAUGUCUAUUUUUCUGCAGAGAAAACCUGUAAUACGAUUUCAUUGUGCAAUGAAAUAUUUGAAAAAAGUUUUUUUUUUAUCCCUCGCUGAUUGUUUUUUGUCCUAAAAACGAGUCAAACUUGAGAAUGUAUGAGAUGAUGUCAAGUCUGAAUUUUCUCUCUAACCUCCUUUCUGCUAAACUCGCAUAUUCAAAAAACUUUCCGUCCAAUUUCUUUUUUUUUUGCCUCUUUUUGUUGUCUUUUUUCACUGACUAGGAUUGUGACUAACCCUUCCUCCUCGUCGUCAUCAUCAUCAUCAGAAUCCUUGUUUUAAAUCAGCUGAACACAACGCUGCCCUUAUCCACUCACAUUAUUCCAGCUUGUGACGGAUCUUCAUCUGUAUAAUUUGUACAGCAAAAGUUUAUAACGUUUUCUACCCUUCCAGAAAUGAUUUAGUUUCUGUUGUUCCACUGAAUGUCAAUGAAUUCAAAUUUGCAAGCAUUGUUAUAAAGGUUUGUGUUUUUUGUGCAACACUUGGGUUUGUUCUACCUUCCAGGUAGGAAAAAUAAGGUUCAAUAAAAUCUGAAGAGAUGGA